CCAUCCCACCAGGCUGCGCUCUCCCGCCCCCAGCUCCUCGCUCUGGGGACAGCUGGCAAGCUCAGCGCGGGACCAGACACAAAGCGGAUCAGCCUGCGGGCGGGGGCCGACCUGCCGGACUCGCCCUCUCCCAGCAGCAGACUUUCUGCCACCCCUCGCUUAGGACCCUGCGGACACCGCGCCCCGCGUCCACGCCCUCUCCUCAAGCCCCUCCACCCUUAAAAAGAAGGAACGCCCCGGGGACAGAAGACCUGCCACUCGGCUACCCGAGGAGACACCCGGGACCAAGGAGGGAGACUGACAUCGACCCUGGACCCGCCCCUCUGCCUCCACCUCUCCGAGACUUUUGCUGCUCCGCCGCCCCGCCAAGUGCUGGGGGCCGGGGUGCCUGUCACGCUCCAGCGGGGGGGACCCUCGGCUGCGCAGCCCGCUGGUGCUCGCGUCGAUGGCGAGGAGCCCCCAAGGCCUCUUGAUGCUGCUGCUGCUGCACUACUUCGUGGUCGCCCUGGACUAUCAUAAGGCAAAUGGAUUUUCUGCAUCAAAAGACCACUAUCAGCAAGUUACAGUAAUAGAGUACCAAGAGGCUAUUUUAGCUUGUAAAACCCCAAAGAAGACUGCUUCCUCCAGAUUGGAGUGGAAGAAACUGGGGCGGGGAGUCUCCUUGGUCUACUAUCAACAGGCUCUCCAAGGUGAUUUUAAAGAUCGAGCUGAGAUGAUAGAUUUCAACAUACGAAUCAAAAAUGUCACGAGAAAAGAUGCUGGAAAGUAUCGUUGUGAAGUCAGUGCUCCAUCUGAGCAAGGCCAAAACCUGCAGGAAGACACAGUCACGCUGGAAGUCUUGGUGGCUCCUGCAGUUCCUUCAUGUGAAGUGCCCACUUCCGUUAUGAGUGGAAGUGUUGUAGAGCUACGGUGUCAAGAAAAAGAUGGAAAUCCAGCCCCUGAAUACACGUGGUUUAAAGAUGGCACUGCUUUGCUGGGAAGCCAAAAACUUGGCAAACGCAACAGCUCAUACACAAUGAAUACAAAAUCCGGAACUCUGCAAUUUAACAUGAUUUCCAAGAUGGACAGUGGAGAAUAUUACUGCGAAGCCCGUAAUUCUGUCGGAUCCCGCAGGUGUCCUGGAAAACGAAUGCAAGUAGAUCUUGUCAACAUAAGUGGCAUCAUCGCAGCUGUAGUAGUGGUGACCUUCGUGAUUUCUGUAUGUGGCCUUAGUAUAUGCUAUGCUCAGAGAAAAGGCUACUUUUCAAAAGAAGCAUCCUUCCACUUUUCAGAGGGUGACAAGAACUGUGGAGGAAAAGCAAACAGAAAGGGUAGUCCUGCAUCUAAAGCCACCACAAUGAGUGAAAAUGAUUUCAAGCACACAAAAUCCUUUAUAAUUUAAAAGAAUUCUACUUUCAAGAUGCACCAAACCACAGUUGUCACACAUUUGCAGAGAUGGAUGAGGAAAUGACAUCAUAAUUUUUAUGACCUUUAGUUCGUUCACCUGAAGUUGUUAUUUUAAGCAAAGAUUUCUUGUUAUCACCUAAAAUAUAAUCCGGCAUCUUGUGUCUGACCCGAAGAGAAGGGAAAUAGCUGGUAAUAUUCAGUUUUGUGAAAUGCAAAUGAAUGUCCUAAGUUUUAGAAAGUUUAACAUAUCAUAUUGACUGUGACGCUAAUCCAAGAGGCAAGUGCACACUGCAUGUGCUCUCUCUGAGCAAGAGUGGCCUGUGUUCAGGAAAGACUCUAAAGAAUGGAAACUCUGGUCUCAGAAUUCCCAGCAGGACCUCCUUUUUCUUACCUCUAAAUAACCCUACUGCUGUGGUCCUUUUGUCUCUAAUGUACUCACGAGGGAAGCCCCGGGCUGCAUCUCAGGCCCAAGGAUUUGCACUUUGUUUACUUCCACUUCUCAGAACCAAAACCAACAUGGAUGGAGCUGCUUGCUGCUAUUUCCAUUUCCUGGGACUCCUUUGGAGAGGUUCAGUGACCUGGACAUCAGAACACACUACGAGAACCUACACAACUUUGUAGACACCUUUCUCUGCAUGAGUGGUGACCUUACAUCAGUCUCUAAAAACAAGUCUGAGCUGAGCUAGUCCCUCCCUCACUGCUGAGGACAAGGGGUUGCCAAUCUGCUUACAAUGAAAAGGGGGCAUGGAGGAGAGAAGCAUUUGCCCUGUAUGCAAAAUGUGAAUGAGCGAGGUCAUUCUGACUCCCAGCUUGCUCGAUACAGCAAGGGCACACGAGGAACUCUCAUGUUUUCUGAACUGUUUAACCACAAAGGGCACCAGCUGUUGUCAGAAUAUGAAAUUCCAAGGACUUAACAAUAAAAACCAAACCUGUUUGGGACAGGCUUACCCCUAUUGAAAACAAAAUUUAAGUAGGAGUGUCUAGUUCUAGGUAAUAGCCUGGAAAGGUCAUUCAUGUCAGCUUUGAACAUGGUCAAAUUAGCUUCAAAAGAAUUUGUUCUUUCUACCUGAAAGGCAAAGCAGAUUCAGGUCUCCCUGAACAGAUGGAAGAGGUGGUCACUGAGUAGUGAUCAGGUCACUGAGGAGUUGCCCACUGCCAUACUGCUCUGCUGUAACUUUGUGGCCUCGAAUCCUUCUCAACAGACUCCUUUCUAAAAGUCUAACUUCUGUGACAUGGCUCUGCUCUCAAGGUCAGAUUCACACUGAGUCGAGCCAGCAAACUCUACAAAGAACAAGACAGUAGACAUUUUAACUCCCACAGUUCCUGUUGCAACCACUCAACUCUGUCACACGAUGUAGAGAACAAGCAAGCAAGUGUGCCUCUGUUCCAAUAAAAGUUUCAGGUGGGAAUUGCCCACCUGCCCAAUCUCCUCACUCCUGGUACCAAAUGACAAAGAAACACCUGUGGUGUAUAGGGAAUCAGUGGAAGUGUUGCCUAUGCCAUGAGAAUGAGAUUUGCUUUGGUAGAAGGAAUGCUGUCCUUCUGCAGUAGAUAUAUAACUUUCAAGGAUGCCUCUUCAGGCCAUAUACCACCAUCAUAAGAUCAACCCUUUAACUUAAAUGACACAAAUCCAUAGUGUAAGAGAACAAUUAUGUAGUGCCUUAAUUUUGCUAAUAGGUAUAAAGCUUCCUUUUAAGACACUGAAGCCUAAAGAUUCACUUUAUGCAACGUAAAAACCUAAAAGUCUGUGCCACAUACUUGUUAUACAUUAUUAACUAAAACACUAUACACAGCUAAGCAGAAAUCAUUGACUAAAGAAGAUGUUCUUCUACACAAAGGCUGUAAUUGCAAGCACUAAUUUUCUAGAUAAGUCUAUCAGGGGUCACUGCCAUUCAUACUUGUCCAUUUGCAGUUUUCUGAAUCUUAAACAUGAAAAGUUUAACAACAUCAAAUUAUAGUUUGUAGCCAUUUUGAUUGUGUUUUUCUACAGUGGACCUGUGAUAGGGCUCUCGAAACUAUGGUCACAACUUUUGUUUUAGUACUGUUGCUACUGAAACUAGAGCCAACUUAUUUUUAGUUAGGGUGGGGGUUAACUUACCUAAGUAUGAGUGUUUAUUUUCAAUACAACUUUACAAAGAACUUCCUUCAUUCUACAGCUCACUCAGGAUUAAAGUCCACAUUACAAAAAUAGCUACAGGCAGUUCAGCUUUUAAGCUCCAUUCAACAGAGCAGGAGGAAGUCACUCACCUAUUGUUCAGUAAAAGCCAGGAAACCCCUCCCUCUUACCACCUGCCACUGUGAGGUAGCUCUUCAACAGCUUGAGAUGGGAAUCUCACCAUCGCUCAGCUUGGAUACCUGCCAACUUCUAAGGCAGAGAAUAAAAAGGGAAAACUACUUAGUGGAUGCUUUGUGUGUGUGAGGUUGCGGAUAAGGAGUGCAGUCCCAUCCUCUUCUCAGAGGAAUAAAGAGGAGCCUCACGUUUCAGCGUUGGUGACUUCGCAGGGUUGCAGUGCAGUUGCUGGAGGGGUUGGGGUCUUUGUGAACACAUGUCCCCCUGACCCACGGUUCACACUUUUUUUUCAUUUUAAAUUCUCCAGUCCCUCUACUUUCUCUUCAUCCCAGCAACAUCUGGCUCAUCCACCCUUCCCUGGUCCUCAAACAUAGCUUCAUCACUCUGAUUUCCAGAUUGCUGACUUGGUAUUUUAAAAUGUAUCUUACAAAGUAACAUUUCCAAUUAUAUUUCAUUUUGGUGGAUUAGUUGUCUCCUGCCCCCUUUCCUAUGCAAGGCCAUCAUGGCUCUCGGUAUUCUCCUUACAUUCUGUCCAAUGAUGGGGGAGGUCCUUCUGUAUGCUGUGAGUAUGUUUCUCUUAUUGGUUGAUGAAUAAAACACUGAUUGGCCAGUGGCCAGGCAGGAGGUAUCAGCAGGGUUACCAGACGGGGAGAAUUCUGGGGAGAGGAUGCACAGAGAAGAUGCCAGAAAGACGCCAUGUAGCUGACGAGGGAGCAAGAGGGCCAGGUAUCACCGUUAAGCAAAGACAAAGUGGAGAUAAGUAGAUUAAUAGAAAUGGGUUGAUAAUUAAGAGAGAGCUAGCCAAUAAGAUUGCGCCAUUGCCAAAAAGGUUAUAAUUAAUUUAAGUCUCUGUGUGUUUAUUUGGAACUAGAAAGCUGGGCCUGCAGGACCAGGAGGGACAGGAACUCCAUCUUCGUUCCUAUCUUCCCCACCCGACUCUUAAGUCUAUCUCAUCUCAUGGACCCCUCCCUCCCUGGAUUCUACUCACAUCCCCUCCCACCUAGAUACACACUCAGUAGCUGGAAGCUAGAAUUCAAAGCUAUGUGUGGCAUUUGUGUUUGAGCCUAAUCCUUCCAGUUCCAUCCGUUUUCUGGCAAUUUCCUUUUUCUUCUAAUGCUAGUUAGUCAUCAACAAUGUUAUAUGUAAAUCCUAGCCACACAGCCACCCCAUCCCAUCUCUAACCUCCUCGUGGUGCCAUUAAAACUGGUCUGCCAGGUUUUAGUUAUUUCUUUCUGGGGCCUUCUCUCAAGAACCUCUUUCAAUCACUUACCCUCUCCUGCUUGCUCUAAGGCAUCCUUCUCUCACCCCAUCUGACAGUUUGCCUACAUACUGUGGUGUCUAACUCCCUUCCCUCUUCCCCUGGCUAACUAUCACUCUUCCUUUAUCUAAGCAAGUCUACAUUGCACAGCUGGGAAUCCUGUCCCCUUACAUGUAAGUUCUCAUAUUAUAUCCCACUGUCUUCAUUGGUUGCAUUAUUUAUUAUUCACCGAUCAAACUGAACUGUUUGUCUUUACAAGGUAUUCUGCCCUUUUGAAUACAUUUCUUUACAGUACUUCCCUUAGAAUGCUAGUCCUCAUUACAAGCUAUGGAAAUUCUAUCUACUCCUAACAGACAAGCCAGAUUCAACUCUCUAGCACAGCCUUCUCAUUCCCUAACUGCAAGUUUCUUCUCUGAAUUCCCAAGGUAUUUGAUUCUUUUGUGAUAUUUAUUUGUUUCUGUGUUAUAGCACAGAUAGGUAUGGACAUAUCUGAACCUCUCUACCAAUCUGAAACUCCAAGAAAAGACCAAUUCAUGCUGUACAGGUCUUCAUAAACCCUAAGGUAGUUAACAGUAUCUAACAUGAAAACAUGCUGAAUACUUGUUAAGCACAAGGAAUGGUUAAGUGUAAGCAUCUAUUUAGGAUAUUAAUAAAACAUUAUAUUCUGAUACAA